AUGGCGCCACCUGUACUAAGAAAGCUCUCACUGGUGAAGCCGCAGGAGGAAGCCGGCAAGGCUUGGCCUGCCAUUGUCGUCGGUGCCUUCGUGGCUUUUGGUGGUGUCCUCUUCGGCUAUGAUACCGGUACCAUCAGCGGUAUCCUUGCUAUGGAUUACUUCCAGAACCUUUUUUCUACCGGCUAUAUCGACACACAUAACCAUAAAAACGUAUCUCCGUCGCAGACUUCGGCCAUAGUGUCCAUCCUCUCUGCGGGAACCUUCUUUGGUGCCCUGAGCUCACCCUUCCUCGCCGACAAUAUUGGUCGACGCCUCGCUCUCAUUGCCUCCACGUGUGUCUUCAUCUUGGGUGUCAUCUUUCAAACUGCUGCCACCGCUCUGCCGCUGUUUCUUGCGGGCCGCUUCUUUGCCGGCUUCGGUGUCGGUCUGAUCUCUGCCUUGAUUCCGCUCUAUCAAUCCGAGACCGCCCCCAAGUGGAUUCGUGGUGCUAUUGUCGGGGCCUACCAGUUUGCUAUCACUAUUGGACUUCUGCUCGCAGCCAUCGUGGACAAUGCGACCUCUCACAAGCAGGACACCGGUUCAUACCGUAUCCCAAUCGCCAUUCAAUUUGCUUGGGCCAUCAUCCUCAUCGGCGGCAUGGUAUUCUUACCCGAGACACCUCGCUACUUAAUCAAACGAGGGCGUCACGAAAAAGCAGCCCGUGCCUUGGGUCGACUUCGACGUCUGCCACCUGAUCAUCCAUCCAUUGAGUAUGAGCUAGCCGAAAUCCGCGCAAAUCACGAAUUCGAGCUCAGCCUUGGAAAGGCCAGCUAUAUUGACUGUUUCCGUGGCCCCAUGUUGAAGCGACAGCUCACUGGAUGUGGACUUCAGGCUCUACAACAGCUCACUGGUAUCAACUUCAUCUUCUAUUACGGCACCCAGUACUUCAUCAACUCGGGAAUCAAGGAUGGUUUCAUCAUUCAAGUCAUUACCUCGACUAUCAACGUUGUUAGCACAAUUCCGGGUCUAUAUGCCAUCGACAAGUGGGGGCGACGGCCAAUGCUCUUCUGGGGCGCAAUUGGCAUGUGCGUCUCUCAAUUCCUGGUCGCCGUCCUGGGAACCACCACUACAUCGCAAGACUCAACGGGCAAAAUAAUUGUGCACAAUGUCGCAGCCCAAAAGGCUGGAAUUGCCUUCGUCUGCAUCUACAUCUUCUUCUUCGCCUCCACUUGGGGUCCUCUAGCCUGGGUCGUUACGGGAGAGAUCUUUCCGCUCAAGCAGCGAGCUAGAGGUCUUUCUAUGACCACAGCUACGAAUUGGCUACUCAAUUGGGCUAUUGCCUACGCGACUCCCUACCUUGUGAACUACGGUCACGGCUAUGCCAACCUGCAGUCGAAGAUUUUCUUUAUCUGGUUUGGCUGCUGUUUCAUCUGCAUCGCCUUUGUCUACUUUUUCAUCUAUGAGACAAAGGGAUUGUCUCUUGAGGAGGUUGAUGAGCUCUAUGCCGAGGUAAAGGGUCUCAAUGGCGCUCGACAAUCGACAAAGUGGACGCCAACCCAAACCUUUGCGCAGCGGGGUAGCGUCGCCGGUGCUGGCGGGGUUCGUGGCGAGCCCAAGGAUGGCCAUCUGGAGCAUGAGGAGGACCGAGAGAAGACCGUUGUCUAA